CAUUCUGUGGCACAGAAUCUGUGCUAAUAUUUCUUUUAAACGUCAACAUGGCGCUCAACCUAGCUGUUAAAAUUCAUCCUGUUGUAUUAUUUCAAAUUGUUGAUGCAUACGAACGUCGAAAUGCAGAUUCACAUCGAGUUAUCGGCACCUUAUUGGGCACUGCGGACAAGGGAGUGGUGGAGGUGACCAACUGCUUCUGUGUCCCGCAUAAAGAACAUGCCGAUCAGGUGGAGGCCGAACUGAACUAUGCCAUGGAUGUAUAUGAGCUAAAUCGGCGAGUCAAUGCUUCCGAGAGUAUCGUAGGCUGGUGGGCCACGGGCAACGAGGUGACGAACCACUCGUCGGUGAUCCACGAGUAUUACGCGCGCGAGUGUCGCGAGCCCGUGCACGUGACGGUGGACACUUCUCUGGCCGGCGCGCGCAUGGGUCUGCGCGGCUACGUGUGCGCGGCGCUCGGCGUGCCCGGGGGCAAGCAGGGCUGCAUGUUCACGCCCGUGGACGUGCAGCUGGCCCGCUACGAGCCCGAGGUGGGCGCCCUGCGGCUGUGCUCCAAGACGGUGGGCGGGCGGGGCCGCCAGGUGCAGCCCGGCGGAGACCUGACGCUCGUGGCCGACGCGUCGGGGCGCCUGGGAUCCCUGCUGGAGCAGGUGCUGCAGUACGUCGACGAGGUGGUGGCGGGACGCGCCUCGCCGCACAACGCGGUGGGUCGGCAGCUGCUGGAGCUGGUCAACUCCGUGCCCAACAUGGCCGCCGACACCUUCGCCACCGCCUUCAACGCUAGCGUCAAAGACUCGCUCAUGGUGGUGACUCUCGCUCAACUCAUCAAAACACAACUCCAACUCAACGAAAAGCUCACUCUUCUCACCUCUCAGUGAAAAGUUUCAAAAUAUCGAUUUGUACGAAUCGGUUCAGUGGAAGCGUCGGCGUCCGAUAAAAUGUUUUGUAAAAUAUUUCAUGUAAUAAAUAAUUCUUUACGAUUA